AAGGCCGCCGCCGCCGCCGCAGCAGAAGGAAUGCGAGCUGCUCCUCCCCAGUGAUCCCUUCUCUAUUUUGGUGCCUCUCCCCUCCUUCCCCCUCCGCGUCUUUCGCUGCUGAGCCCAUGACGUAAUGGUUUAUGUUAAUGAUUAGCAUGUGGGAAGCUUGGGCUGGCGCUUCCCAGUCUUACUGUGCGUGUGUGCGCGACUCAGGGGGACAGAUGCUGCAACUCAACAUGGCAAAGCCCAGGGAGGAAGAGCAACAGCUCGUCUAGAUCGUACGAGAGGCGGCGGCGGCGGCACACGAGGAACAGCAGUAGCAGCAGCAGCAGCAUGCGUUUUGGGAAGUUGUGAGCAUUGCUUUGGAAUGCGGGUGUGGAGGGUCCCGGAAGCAAACCAGGGGACUGGAGAUCUGGAACAGCAUUACUAAAGUAAAAGCAGUCCAUACUAUAAAUACAAAAAUGCUUCCAGCAGAACAAAAAGAUAUCCAUUAAUUGUUCUAUUGUGAUCUCUAUCGAAGAGACCCCUAAAAAAAACAAAAAAAAUAAGAAAAAGGCAAAAUCAAUAAUAUAAUCCAUAUUCACAUUGGUGAUCCUGAAACUUUUUUCUCCGAUUCUGAAAACCUCCCCAAAAUCAUGAUGUUCCGAGACCAAGUGGGAAUGCUUUCUGGAUGGUUUAAAGGCUGGAACGAAUGUGAGCAGACUGUUGCUCUUCUAUCUCUCCUGAAAAGGGUAAGCAGGACCCAAGCCAGAUUCCUACAGAUCUGCCUGGAGCAUUCGUUGGUUGAUUGUACAGAACUGCACAUACUUGAAGGAGAAGCCAACAAUCCUGCAAUCAUUAACCAAUGGCAGCAAGAAUCCAAGGACAAAGUGAUAUCUCAGCUGUUAACCCACCUGCCUUUAUUAAAGCCUGGAAACAUUGAUGCAAAAGUGGCAUACAUGAAACUACUGCCUAAAAUCCUGGCUCAUUCAAUUGAACAUAACCAGCAUAUAGAGGAAAGCCGGCAGCUUCUGUCCUACGCAUUAAUACACCCAGCCACGUCAUUGGAUGAUAGGAGUGCCCUGGCAAUGUGGUUGAACCACCUGGAGGAUCGGACAUCAGGAAACUUUAGCACCCAGAGUCGCUGCCGCUCUGAUUCUUUGGAUUAUGGGCAAAUGCAGUAUUACCACCAAAGACAGAACUCUGAUGACAAGCAGAAUGGCUGGCCGAAUUCUCGAGAUUCAGGGAUAUGCGUCAGUUCUUCUGGUUGGCAAGAGAAAAACCCAGGCUGUGAGAAUGGGCAUUUGCCUCUAUACUCUUCCUCUUCUGUCCCUUCCACCAUUAAUGCUAUUGGAACAAACACAAGCACAAUUCUCUCAGGCCAGACACAUCACAGCCCCUUGAAAAGAUCUGUUUCCCUUACUCCACCCAUGAAUGUGCCAAACCAGCCUUUAGGACAUGGAUGGAUGUCUCAUGAGGAUUUGCGAGCCAGAGGAUCUCAGGGCAUCCCCUCCGAUCAUGCCCCCCUGUCACCACAAAGCAGCGUAGCCUCUUCAGGAAGCGGCGGGAGCGAGCACUUCGAAGAACAGUUGUCUGCACGCAACACAUUCCAAGACGAAGGUAGUGGUAUGAAAGAUGUCCCUGCCUGGCUUAAAAGUCUUCGUCUACACAAGUAUGCAGCACUCUUCUCCCAUUUGACCUAUGAAGAAAUGAUGUCGCUGAAUGAAUGUCAGCUGGAGGCACAAAAUGUCACCAAAGGUGCAAGGCACAAAAUAGUCAUCAGUAUACUGAAGCUGAAAGAGAGACAUAAUCUAUUAAGAACUUUAGAAAGGGACGUUCUAGAAGGAGGCAAUUUACGCGUUCCUCUGCAGGAGUUGCAUCAAAUGAUCCUUACCCCAAUUAAAGCUUACGCUCCACAAAACUCCAAUACAGAGGAACAUAACAGGGAGGCAGAUUCUCAGCCACCUUUGCUGACUUCUGAAAACCAAACUUCUGACAGUAAGGACUCUGCUUCAGGAGGAAUCCAACAGCAUCAUAUCAGCAGUUGUGAGAGUGAAAGUGGAGGUGUUCCCUUAUCUGAAGGUGAUCUUCCAGGCCAGUUUACAAGAGUUAUGGGUAAAGUCUGUACACAGCUUUUGGUCUCCAGACCUGAUGAAGAAAAUAUCAGUUCUUACUUGCAGUUAAUUGACAAAUGCCUCACCCAUGAAGCAUUUACGGAGACACAGAAGAAGAGAUUGUUGUCAUGGAAACAACAAGUGCAGAAGCUCUUUAGGUCUUUCCCUCGGAAGUCCCUUCUGGAUGUCGCUGCAUACCGGCAGCAGAGAAAGACUAGUGUUGAUAUGCUCAUUGGCAGCCGAGGCUUUGGACAGUCCAACUCCUUACCAACAGCUGGAUCUGUAGGUUCAGGAAUAGCAAGAAGAAACCCAAGGCAGUUCCAGAUCCCUUCCCGAAAUCUCCCUAGCACUCGGCUUAGUCUGCUUGGUGCAAGCAGUCUUCUAGGAGCACCACAAAGGGCUUCUGUCAGCAAUCCUGCCAUGUUAAAGCAAGGUCGACAGAAUCUGUGGUUUGCAAACCCUGGAGGAAGUAACAGUAUGCCAAGCCGAUCACACAGCUCUGUACAGAGGACUCGUUCCCUGCCUGUCCAUACCUCUCCACAAACAAUGCUGAUGUUUCAACAGCCAGAUUUCCAGGUACCAGUGACAGAGCCAGAUAUCAAUAAUAGGCUGGAAUCCUUGUGUCUGAGUAUGACGGAACAUGCCUUGGGUGAUGGGGUUGACAGGACUUCAACAAUCUAGAAGCUGAAGGUACCUUGUGAAAGCGCUGGGCGUGACACAGAGAACUGCAGGUGCAGUGUCAGGAAUCAUCACCCCACUCCCGGAUACGCCAAACACACAAUUUGCCUUUUUAUUUGUUUAUUUUAGAAGGAGAUUAAAAAAAAAAGUUGAUAUAUUGUGAAAGCAUAAGCUGUGCUUGCAAAUGGAUCACAAAAAUGAAUAUUUGUUAUUUUAUAUAUAAAAAUUCAAACAAACAAAAAAAGUGCUUUUAGCUAGAAUCGUUUUCCUGAAUGAAAUGCAGAGUGUUCAAGGAAACCAUUAAAUUAUCUUAUUCUUGUAAAGGAACGGCCAUAUCUAUACGCUUUUGUCCCAUUCUGGUGGUUUUACCAGCAUGUGUGACCAAAAGAACAAAAAAAGGGGGGGUUAAUGCUUUGUGUUGCUUACUUCACUCAAAUUAAGGGUGUUUUGGACUGUUUCAGUUAAUCCCUUCCCGCCUAUUAACUUUAUUUAUGUUUACAUGGAUACAACUGUUAUGGGUGCAUAAAUAAUUCCGGUAAACCUUCAUUAGCUUAAUUAUAGGAGUUAAUUGGGGGAUGAGGAAGAGUUUAUUAGCAGCCGGUUUGCAAUUUGUACCAGCCAUAACAUUGUAUGAGGGUGGUUACUAAAGGUUACUAGCAAGACUUUGGCACAGGGUGGCCACUCCUCCCCAAACUGUUCUAUGCUUUAAGCUGCAGACCCACUGGCCAUUCAUUUAGCCAGUCUGCUUGUUUUUUUUGCCAAACAGAUGUACUGUGAACAAUCAGAUUUGGAUUGGGGUUGGCUGAUGGGCCUCCCUGUGAUCUGUUCAUUCAGCCCAACUAACAAUGUGAUCUCUGCCAUUUGGCUACCAUGUUCGUGUGUGACUGGAAUGGCCACAGAUCUUUUAAUUUCGAUUCACGUAGCUGUGUGUGACCAGCCUAAGCAAGUCUUCCCUGAAAUCGGUGUCCAUGUUUGUAAAGCCCUUGACACCAUUUAGUCAUUCUUGACCAUAUAUUGAAGAAAUGUUUUGAAAGGUGUUGAAAAUGUUCUAAUGGAAGUCUAAGAAAGGAAAAUGGAGGUGAAAAAAGAAUGGAGGGAAUGAAGAGUAUGAGAGGUUUUGUAUAAUAAAAAAAAAGUAUCUGUUUCUGAGCAUAGGUUAACCCAAAUGCUGCAUUUGGCAUUGCAAGUCAUUAAAAAAAAAAACCACAACAAACCACCUAUAAGUUAAACUAACUUUUAAUUAGGCAUACACUGAAUCCAUAAUUACUGGAUUCAGGUGACUUUUUUACAAAAUAUCAGACCGGAUCUUGAACCCUAAUUUGCAUUUCUACAUUUUAGAUUUAAAAAAACAAUGCCAAUGCACAAAAAAAAAUGCCUGUUCGGUUGUAUCUGUACUUUAAACAAAGUACCCAAAGUUAUUUUGUGAAAGUAUUCAUGCCUAAUGCAUUUUGGAGGCUUUGUGAGUACUCCAGU